AUGACCUGCCCUAAGCAGUGCCGAAAGGCAGGUCGACGCCACACCAGCACCACUGCGGCAGCAGGUGCAGAGGAGACAGCUGGGGAAUUCCAGGGGUUCCCUUUGGGAAAAGCCAAGAAUGAAGAUGCUGAAGGAAACUUGAGAGAUGGAGAUGAACCACAGAGGCAGGAGGGAAGUCACUCAGCUGGGGAUGAUCAGAAGAAUGAGGAGGGUGAGGAACUGGAUCCUCUAUUGCCAGAUGAAGUCAAGAAUGAAGAUUUGAAAAACAAUUUCCAAAAUCACGCAGCAGGUGCAGAGGAGACAGCUGGGGAAUUUCAGGGGUUCCCUUUGGAAAAACCCAAAAAUGAAGAUGCUAAAGGAAACUUGGGAGAUAGAGAUGGACCAAAGAGGCAGGAGGGAAGCCACGCAGCAGCAGAUGUAGAGGAGCAGACAGCUAUGGAAUUCCUUUUGGAAAUUCCUUUGGAAAAAGCCAAGAACCAAGAUGCCAAAGGAAACUUGGGAGAUGGAGACAGACCACAACGGCAGGAGAGAAGCCAUGCAGCCGGGGACGAUCAGAGGAAUGAGGAGGGUGAGGAACUGCAUCCUAUAUUGCCAGAUGAAGCCGAGAAUGAAGACUUGAGAGGCAACUUCCAAAAUCAAGGGAGACCGAAGAGAAAGAAAAGAAGCCAAAAAGUCAAGAAGAGUUGUAAACCCAUUCCUUCCCAAAAGGGGGAUUUCCGAGAACUAAUUCACAUUGUUAUAGACACAUACAACUGUUUGGCUUAUGGAAUGCACUUCUCAGAUAAAUCCCAGUAUAAUGACCACAUACAAAUCCAUAGUGGAGAGGAGACCCAUCAACAGCUGGAGUGUGGAAAGAUCAUGACUUGCAGAGGAGAGAUCUGUAGACAGCAAAGAAUACGUACUGGAAAGAAAUCUUACAACUGCUCAGACUGUGGGAAGAGCUACUCAGAGAAAUUAGACCUUGUUCGACACCAGAGGAUUGACUCAGGAGUGAAACUAUUUAGAUUCUCAGAGACUGGAAUGGCAUCCUCUGAGGGAGGAAAAUGUAAUAGCUGUUUUCCAAAACAGAGUACAAUGAAGGCAUAUAAAUGCUUCCAGUGCGGAAAAUAUUUCAGAUACAGAUCACAGCUCUUCCUGCAUGAAAGAGUCCACACUGGAGAAAAGCCUUUGGAAUGUUCAGAGUGUGGGAAAAGAUUCAGUCGGAGUAGCAAUCUUCAAGAACAUCUAAGAACCCACACAGGGGAGAAGCCUUUUGAAUGCUCAGGUUGUGGGAAGAGAUUCAGUCAGAGUAGGAAUCUUCAAGCACAUCUUAAAACCCACACAGGGGAAAAGCCUUUUGAAUGCUCAGAGUGUGGGAGGAGAUUCAGUCAGAGUAACAAACUUCGAGAACAUCUAAAAACCCACACAGGGGAGAAGCCUUUUGAAUGCUCGGAGUGUGGAAGAAGAUUCAGUCUGAAUGGCAAUCUUCAAAAACAUCUAAGAACUCACACAGGGGAGAAGCCUUUUGAAUGCUCAGAGUGUGGGAAGAGAUUCAAUCAGUGUGGCCAUCUUAAAAACCAUCUAAGAAUCCACACAGGGGAGAAGCCUUUUAAAUGCUCUGAGUGUGGGAAGAGAUUUAGUCAAAGUAGCACUCUUCAAGAACAUCUAAGAACCCACACAGGGGAGAAGCCUUUUGAAUGCUCAGAGUGUGGGAAGAGAUUCAGUCGAAGUGGUGAUCUUCAAGAACAUAUGAGAACCCACACAGGGGAGAAGCCUUUUGAAUGCUCAGAAUGUGGAAAGAGAUUCAGUUGGAGUGGCAUUCUUCAAAAGCAUCUAAGAACCCACACAGGGGAGAAGCCAUUUAAAUGCUCAGAGUGUGGGAAGAGAUUCAGACUGAAAGGCCAUCUUCAGAAGCACCAAAGAAUGCACACAGAGGGAGAAACCUUCUGA